AGGUCAUAGCUGAGCCAUCAUGGGAUCAAUGCAAAGGUACAACACAUCCUCUAUGGAUUUCACCCUCAUGGGGCUGUUCAACAGAAAGGACAUUUCAGGCCUUCUUUGUGCCAUCAUCUCUGUCAUCUUUUUCACAGCGGUGAUGGCCAAUGGGGUCAUGAUCUUCCUGAUCCACACUGACUCAUGCCUCCACACCCCCAUGUACUUCCUGCUCAGCCACCUCUCCUUCAUCGACAUGAUGUACAUCUCUACCAUUGUGCCCAAGAUGCUGGUUGAUUACGUGCUGGGUCAAAGGACCAUCUCCUUUGUGGGAUGCACAGCUCAGCAUUUCCUUUACCUCACCCUUGUGGGAGCUGAGUUCUUCCUGCUGGGCCUCAUGGCCUAUGACCGCUAUGUGGCCAUCUGCAAUCCCCUCCGCUAUCCUGUCCUCAUGAGCCGAAAGGUCUGUUGGAUGAUCAUAGCAAGUUCCUGGUUUGGGGGCUCUUUGGAUGGCUUUCUGCUAACCCCCAUCACCAUGAGCUUCCCCUUUUGCAAUUCCCGUGAGAUUAACCAUUUCUUCUGUGAGGCGCCUGCGAUCCUGAAGUUGGCAUGUGCAGACACAGCUCUCUAUGAGACAGUGAUGUACAUGUGCUGUGUUUUGAUGCUGCUGAUUCCUUUCUCUGUGGUGAUUGCCUCCUAUGCCCAAAUCCUGACCACAGUUCACCGCAUGACCUCAGUGGAGGGGAGGAAGAAAGCAUUUGCCACCUGCUCAUCUCACAUGAUAGUGGUGACCUUGUUCUACGGGGCUGCCAUGUACACCUACAUGCUGCCACAUUCUUACCACAGGCCAGCUCAGGACAAAGUCUUCUCUGUGUUCUACACCAUCCUCACACCCAUGCUGAACCCGCUCAUCUACAGUCUGAGGAACAAGGAUGUGACCGGAGCUCUGAAGAGGGCACUGGGCAGAAUCAAGAGUACACAAAUAGUGUCAGGAGGUGACUUUUGAGGUUGGAUUCUUCCCACAGAUGGUGAAUGGAUGUCUCUGUGACCACUUUGACCAUGCUCUCAAUGAAGUGUUAAACUGGAGGGUAGAGUUCAACUGUGCAGACAAAAAUAAGUCAAAAUAAAAAAUGUUUCCUCUUGGUCUCCCUUCCUUCAUCUCCUCAUUCUUUUCUUAUAUCUCCCCUUUCUCUUGCCCUGUUCACAUGCUUUCAAAAUAAAUGCCCAAUAGUUGCCAGAAACACAAAUUAAAUUUUCU